GGCUGGAUCGCGCGGUCUGCGAGGAGGCAGGAAACACGCUUGGGGCCGGGGGACCUGACUGGCACGGGGCUCCAUUGCCCAAAGCCGGCGUCAGCCUACCUUGGCUCUUCAACUAUCCCCGCAUCGCCAUUCCCCACAUCUCCACCUCCCCCUUCUUCUCGCCAUCGCCUCUUCCCUGUAUCUGAUCUACGCCGCUUCGCUCGUUCUUCCUGCCUCUCCGCCCAAGUAAACAUUCCUUACGGUCACCUGAUCUCAAACUCUCAUCUCAAAACAACAGCUAAUAUCAUGCGUCUCACCCUUGCUCUCAUUGCGCUGGCUACCGCUGCUGGUGCCGCCGUGGCCAUCGAUGACCUUCAAGGCCGUGAUACCAUCUACGCAUACGACCUUACGCCUCGCGGCGUGCUUGAAGAGCUGGCGCGCAGACAAUCUGCCGACGCGACCGAGGGCUCCACGGGCCAGGGCGGAACGGCGGUGAUUUCGCACGACGAGCCUGGCGGCCAGGAGGACUGCAACAUGGUCAACCUGCUCUCGCAAAACCAGCAGGCGAGCUGGACCGAGAUGCACGUGUCGACGUGCUGUGUGGGCACUCUACAGUCGACGUGCUACCUGCGCUCCCAGAGCGACGUCGAGGGCCAGGACAAGUGCGUGAUUCCCAACUGCGACACCCUGCAGAGCAACGACGCGACCAAGAUGGUCGGCUUCAAGCCGCUUCAGUCAUCGUGGGGCAAAGGGGAGCACUUCAACCAGUACUACUUUGCCAAGUCCAACGGCGCUCGGCCUAGCACCGCCGCCGCCGCCUCGCUGACUCUUGGCGCGGCUGUUGCGAUCGUCGUGGCGGCGGCCGGCGCCGCUCUGGCUUGAUUCACUGUGCUUCUCUGCGUUCACUCUUCUCUCAUCUUCGCAUUCUUAUGCUGUACUUUACUUCUAGCUUGGGGUCCACUCGCCGCUCAAUCGAGGCAAGCCACUGAAUAC